AUGGCCCAUUUUUGUUUCACGUUUCUCUGUCUUAUUCUUCUUGUUUUGGGUCGAUUUAGUUUUGGGCAUGGAGGGGACCCCGGGUGGGGAUUUAACAAUGAUGAAUCCUGCCGGUAUUGGCGGGGGUGCGGAAGCUUCUUUGGGUGGCCGGUUGACAAGGGUUCAGCCGGAGGUGGUGGUGGGGGCGGUGGUGGAGGCCAUUCAGGAGGUGGGGUUGGGUCUGGCUAUGGUGAGGGUUAUGGAGCUGGGUUUGGUGUAGGUAGUCAUGGUGGUAGUGGCGGUGGCGGUGGGGGAGGGUAUGGUGGAGGUGGGUCUGAAGAAGGGUCUGGUCAUGGUAGUGGAUAUGGAGCUGGCGGUGGUGGUGGGGCUGGAGGAGGUGGAGGAGGAGGAGGUGGUGGUGGAGGUGGUAAUGGUUACGGCCAAGGAAUGGGAUUCGGUGCAGGAUUUGGGUUUGGUGGCGGAGGGGGUGGCGGAGGAGGUGGCGGCGGUGGUGGGAAUUCUGUUCGGGGAGGGGAGGCGUAUGGACAUGGAAGUGGGUUUGGGGGAGGUGGUGGUAUUGGUGGCGGUGGAGCUGGAGGGGGAGGCGGCGGCGGCGGCGGUAGUGGAGGUACAAAUGGAGGAAAUGGCUACGGUAGUGGAUUUGGAGGUGGCGUAGGUAUUGGAGGAAGCGGCAGUGGUGGAGGCGGCGGCGGAGGAGGAGGAGGAGAAAGUGGUCCACAUGGAGGAUAUGGGAAAGGGGAGGGCGGUGGUUUUGGAGGCGGAGAAGGGUUUACAAAUAGCGUUGGCAGCAGCGGUGGGAAGGGCGGACAAGGCAUGGGGAUGGGAUUCGGGAUGGGGUUCGGGAUGGGGAUUGGGUUUGGAAUGGGAAACACCAACAAUGGAGCCGAUGAGUCCAACGGUCAAGCUCAAGCUAAAACCACCAUUGCCAAACCUUAG